GUCCAAGCGCUCGAGCCGCAUCGCCGCCGCAGAGCCCAAGUCAGCAGUCCGCUCGCGUAUAGCACGACGGCUGGGCCUAGCAGCGCAACGCCCACAGGCGUAGGAUGCGCCUCGACGAGCCCGCUGCGCAAGGUCGCGAGCGUGCCGCCCGCAAGGACACUCAGUGGAUGCGGAAAAGGCGAGAGGAUAAGAAGAGUGAGGAGAGGGAUGGAAAGCAGAGAGCCGGAGCCGGAUUGGACGAGGCGGUGGGAGAGAAAGAAGAGCAACGCGUGACGGAGAAGAGGUGGCAUGGUGGCGAUGGAGUGGUGGCGGUCGUGGGAGGAAGACGAGGAGGAGGAAGACGAGAUGUGCCCUUGGGGUGCUGUCUGCGCAUUCUUGCUCGACGUCGAGCUCAUCAAUGUACUUGCCACUCGACAUCACGGGCCGAUGAUGAGGAACAUGUUGCCGGAGCCCGGACGCGGCGGCGGCCCGUGCCUCAUCAAGCGCACCAGACAAGUCACGCGUCAGGAGCCGUGCCGCAGAAUCGGCCGCCGACGCUUCCUGGCCUGCUCACUCGACUUCUUCACAACCUUUAGCAGGUGACGAGUGGCAUGACAGAUGCGAAGCAGAGACGUGUGCGAUACAGGCUGCCGAACGACGGAGGUCGCGGCGCGGAAAGGCGAAGCAGGACAAGGCCCGAUGGAUCAAGACACCUAGGCGAGCAGCAGCAUGCCGAGCGCGGACGCCGCGACGACCGCAAGCGAGCCCGCAGCAGCUCCGAAGUGAGAGGCGGCGCCGCUGACCUGCAUGCCCGUC